UAUACGAAUGCACACAUUUAGCAUCCACAACAAGUAAUUACAUGUUCAAAUAAUAAUAUACUAAUAUUGCAACAUAUGACACAAUCUUGGUCAGUAAAAUUUGGUCAUUUAGUGAUUCGAAUCGAAAAGUAUCAAUGCUGAUUAAUCUUACAUAAUAUCAGCUUAUGAAAACUUUGCGGUAGAAAGAUAGGAGUAUAUUAAUAGACAGGAACUGCCGCGUAUGCGAACAGUUGUCUGCAACGAUUCGUGUCGGCAGUAUCACUAGUGCUUUCAGUCGAUCACUUAUCAAGAAACGUUUACAAAGAAAUCGUAGAAAAACAUUUUUUAACAAUUUUUUGCAAUGGAAUAUUGGUCAAUAUUCUUAUCAAUAGUGAUUGGUGUGUUGAGUAUUUUUUAUCUUUUUAGAAAUUUCAAUUUUUUUAAAAGAAAUGGUCUUAUACACAUACCGCCUGUUCCAAUACUUGGUACUAUGACGUCACUUGUAUUUCGUCGAGUGUCAUUCGCCGAUUUCGCUUUGAAGAUAUACGAUUUCAUUCCUGACGCAAAAUAUUAUGGAUUCUACGCCACGACAAAUCCAGUCUUUUUGAUUCGCGAUCCAGACCUCAUUAAGUCUAUCCUUGUCAAGAAUUUUGAUUCAUUUCCAGAUCGUCGUGGCUUUUCUGAUUUGAAUGAUCCUUUAUUUGCAAAAAAUUUAUUUUCUCUGCAUGGGGAAAAGUGGCGAAAUGUGAGAGCCCUACUGAGUCCGUCUUUCACGUCCAGCAAGAUGAAAAUGAUGUUCACGCUGAUGUCGGAAUGUGCUAAGGAUUUUGGUAAAUUUCUAUCGACAUUAUCGGAAGACAAAUGUGAAAUGAACACGAAAGACGCCUUCUCUAAAUAUACGAACGACGUCAUCGCUACAUGUGCCUUUGGAAUUAAAAUUAACUCUAUGAAAGAUCCGACAAACAAGUUCUACGUUUACGGCAAGGAAGCGACUAACUUCCGUGCCUUCAAGUUCCUUUUGCUUAGAACUUUCCCAACUCUUGGAAAAAUUCUCAAGAUAAAGCUUAUCAACGAUUACAUAUCAAAUUUUUUUAAGGACAUCGUAGAGACUACAAUUGCUACUCGUGACGCAGAGCACAUUACACGCCCGGAUAUGCUGCAGUUAAUGAUGGAUAUCAGAGGCAAGGAAGGUUGUAGAGAACUAGACAUCGACGAAAUGACUGCGCAGGCUUUCGUCUUUUUCUUUGGUGGCUUUGAUACUAGCUCAACCACGAUGUCGUUUGCAGCUCAUGAGAUUGCAGCUAACCCAGAAGUUCAGACCAAAUUGCAGCAAGAGGUCGACAAGGUUUUGGAGAAGUCGAAUGGAGAAGUAUCUUACGAAUCUAUUAACCAGUUCGAAUAUUUAGAAGCGGUGAUAAGCGAGACUCUCAGAUUAUAUCCACCAAUUAUGUUCUUAGAAAGAACAUGCAACAAAUCUUAUGACUUACCACCUGCAUUGCCAGGCGAGAAAUCAUUUGUCGUGAAGAAAGAUACGAUUUUUUGGAUCCCGGUUUACGCGAUACAUCGUGAUAAAAAGUACUAUGAUAAUCCGGAGAAAUUUUGUCCAGAAAGGUUUUUAAAUAACAAAAUGCAUUACAUCAAUUGCUCACAUUACAUGCCAUUUGGAUUAGGACCUAGAAUGUGUAUAGCUAACAGGUUCGCCAUGCUGGAAGUCAAAGUUCUACUGUUUCACUUACUAGCGCGAUGUGAGCUGAAACCUUCCGCAAAAACUGCGUCUCCAAUAAAAUUUAGCAGAAAUCUAACAGCGCUGCCGGAGAAUGGAUUUUGGUUGAACAUUCAACGUAGAAAAAAUAUGCAUCCUCUAUUGACGUCUGUAAUAAAUGGCUAACUCUCAAAACAUUUUAAAUUAUAAUAGAAAAAUAUUACGUUUGUGAUAAAAAUUAUUUUUGUAAUAAAAAUUAUUGGACAAUUUUAUAAUUUUAUAAA